UGGGUCGCGUGUUCGGCCUCUCGCUCCCAGUGCCCCCCUCGCUCCCAGGGCCCCCGUGAAGGGGUCAGGGCUGUCUGUGAGUCCCCACUCACCCCCUAGGUCCCAGGGGGUUGCGACGAGCUGGGAUGCCUGCCAUGCGCUGCUACUACGAGGUGCUCGGGGCGGCGAGGAACGCGUCGGACGAAGAGCUCAAGAAGGCCUACCGGCGCCUGGCGCUGCAAUGGCAUCCAGACAAGAACGCCGACAAUGUGGAGGAGGCCACGGAGACGUUCAAGCUGAUCCAGGCGGCGUACGACGUCCUGAGCGAUGCGCAGGAGCGCGCAUGGUACGACGCGCACAGGAAAGCCAUCCUGCAGGGCGCCAUGUCUGGCGGGGAAUUCUCCGACGACAGCCUCGACCUCAUGCCAUACUUCACCGCUUCCUGCUACAGCGGCUUUGGCGACGACGACAAGGGCUUCUACACCGUCUACCGCGGCGUGUUUGAGGAGGUGGCGGAGGAGGAGUUCGUGGAGGACGACGCCGACGAUGAGUUUCCGCCGUUCGGAGACGCGGGCAGCGACUACGAGACGGUGGUGCACGUGUUUUACGCGUACUGGCAGAGCUUCAGCUCACGCCGCUUGUUCUCGUGGAAGGAAGCCUACGACACGCGGCAGGGGAGCAACCGGUGGGAGAAGCGCGCGAUGGAGAAGGAGAACCGCAAGCUGCGGGAGCGGGCGCGGCGCGAGCGCUCCGAGGCCGUGCGCGAGCUUGUGGCGUUUGCGCGCAAGCGGGACCCCCGCGUCGCCGCGCACAAGCGCGUGCUGGAGGAGCGCAACGCCGAGAAAGCACGGCGGUCGCAGGAGGCGCGCCGGCGGCAGAAGGCGGAGAGAGCCAGGCUGGCCGAGGGCUAUGAGCAGCCCAGCUGGGUGUGUCUGGAUGGGCUGGAGAAGGAGCUGGUCGCCCUCGAGGCGAGCUACCAGCACGAGUUUGGGGAGGAGCCGGCCAGCGACGGGGAUGACUCCGGCCAAGACCCAGCCACGUCCGCAGAGCCAGAGGAGGCUGCACGGGACUGGGAAGACUUUGAGCUGUAUUGCGCGGCCUGCAGCAAGGCCUUCAAGAGCCUCAAGGCGAAGGAGAACCACGACCGGUCCAAGAAGCACCGAGACAACGUGGCUUGGCUACGGCAGCAGAUGACAGCCGAGGAGUUCGCGUUCCUGUCCGGAGCGGGGCCCCAGGAGGAGGGAGGAGGCCUUAAGGGGGAAGUUGCUGAUGUUGGAGGUGGGAAAGAUGAUGGAGGUGAUGAUUUGGAAGCUGAGGAUGCUGAUGAUGGAGAUGAUGACAACGACGAGGACGACGAUGAUGAUGAUGAUGACGACGGCGAUGAAGAGGAGGAGAUGCCCAAGACUGAUGCGAGGAGACGACGGCGCCCAGUGAAAUCCGCUCGGAGCACCGAUGAUACUCGCCACGCACCGCACACCCCCAGCACCGCACCCAACCUCGAACCGCACAUCCCCGGCACCGCCAGCACCGCGCCCAACCAAGACACCGCACAGACUAACGGUACCGCACACGCAGACGAAAUGGCACACGGCGACCACAACGCCAGGCCCGACGACCACGGUGCACCGUGCCUGGCACCCGCCUCGGAGGACUCCCCAGGAAGGGAAGGCCCCCCGGGGCCACCAGAGGUGGCGGUCAAGAAAGAGGAGAGGACUGAGUCCACGAGGGAGGAGGGGAAGCGGGCGAGGAAAGGUGGCGACGCAACGAGCUCCAGGGAGGAUGGACGCAAGGGCAAGAAGAACAAGGAUGUUCCCCCGCCCAGCGAGCCCGGCACCAGCCAGGAAUCUCUGGGCUGCGCCAGCUGCGGUCAGGAUUUCUCUUCCCGGAACCGGCUGUUCCAGCACCUGCGUAGCACCGGGCACGCCGCCCCCCGCACCGCCGAACCCACGUCCCCCACGGCGCCAGCAGCACCCGGCAAGAAGGGCAAACACAAGCGGAAAUAGCCGCACAACCGCCCCCCCCCCACCCGUCCACCUCUUAACCAGCCUUGUUAUUAUUUUUGCGGAGAUAAACCCUGCAAAGUCACGGCGUUGCAUGUGCAAUCUGUGGUGGUGCUGUGUGGUUGUAGAGGGGUGAGGGUCAAUUCUUAGUGAAGGUAGGGUGGGGUGGUGGCCCAGCUGGGAGCUUUGGCGCCACCUGGGCCAAGCGGAUCCUGUCGUUUCAAAUGCUGCUGCUGCUGCUCUGGAGAAUCGUACUGCAACCCAUCUCUCUCUAAGCUCGCGAGAACGUGGACCGCUUUCACAGAAAGACACUCGCCACACAGUAGCGGGAGUUUGUUUAUUUUCAUAUUUGCUUUUUUUUUCGAAUCACUGUCUUGUGGCUGUCAUUGGGGGAUCGGAGCGGUGAGAGUUGGCUCGAGUAGGCAAGGUGAGGUGGUGUGAGUAAGGCUGAUGGAUCGAAUGGUGUGGAUUUAAGUAGCGUUGAUUGGGCUUGGCUCCUUGUGCUGGGGAGAUGGUGUGGCGUGGCUGGCAGGUGUAGUUGAGUCCCUGUUGAACAGGAGCACCGAACUCUGCGUCACACAAGCAACGUGAUGUCGUUCGAAUAAUUGACGAUCCUGUGCUCACUCUCACGUUGUUUAGUGGCCUAACCUCCCCCUUUGUUUUAUCACUAAUUCCACUGUCAUUGUUUCCAUGAACCUGGCGCCAUUACACCUCUGCCCAUGCUAAGGACCCGUUUUAUCCCUGCCAUGCUCAACCACGUUGGUUCACGUUUCUCUCUUCCUCCUUCCCCCCCCCCCCCCCGCACUGCUCCUCCACCUUAGACCUCCCUCCCCCAUCCUCUGUUUCUCAAGUUGCUAUAACCUUGCCCAAAUCGAGACACUUGUUCUUAUCUGCUGUGCUAUCAUGAGUGUCGUCUUUCUCCGUUAUCCCCAUCUCCGAAGUCUCCGUAGCCUGGCCUCAAGACCAGUCGUGCGUUCGUUCACAUCUGUAAUUCAAAACUAAGUGCUGCUUUGUUGCUGUCCUACGCUCAUGUUCGGCCUUUUAAAAGAAAAAGGUGGUUUGGGUGUGGGGUGGGAUCGUUGGGUAGCCACUUGGUGUAGCCACAUGGUGGUGGUGGCCAUUUAGGAUGGUUGCAGAAUGUGACUAAGUGACAGUUGUGGUCGUAUUGUGUGGCUGUGUAGUGCAGUUAGCUGGUUUUACAACAUGGUGUGGCCAAAUGGUGGCGGCGGCGGUGUAGUUGUAGUAGUCGGCUGGUGGAGUUGCGUCGAGUGGCUGUGCGGUGGGGGUGGCUGUGCGGUGGCACGACCGGGUCGAGGCGGCUUGGCGCUUGUGUUGGCUGCUCAGGGCCGUGUGCAUCACCGCGAGUGCAACAUCCACGUCGGCAGUGGUAAUGCACAUGGGCGGCUUGAUGCGGAACACCUGUGGCACCAGGACACACACCGAUCCUGUGAUGCUGCCAUCGCCACAAGACCCCCAUCCCCACUCGAAGCCCCUCCAGCCCGCAACCGCCCCCCCCUGACCUCACCUGUCCAUAGACGCCGUCCUUUCCAAUGAAGAGCGACAUUUCCCUGCAGUCCUCCCAGAUCUCGUUCAUCUGCGCCGCCCGAAGUGGCGUCCUGCUGGCCUGAGCAAGCGCACAGCGUAGCGGCACUCGAACACGGCGCGUGUAUGAGGCGGUGCGCACACGCACCCUGCGUUUGCAUUCAUCUGCAUGUGCGCGUCUGCAAUCGUACCUUGUCGGUGACGAGUUCAACAACAAUCAUGAGCCUCUUGCGCGCACGUCCCCCACCACCUUGAACUCGUCACGGAACCGAGCCAGCCCUGCCAGGAGCCGCCCCCCGUCCUCGGAGCACACAGCCGGGCUCCCGUCCUCCUCGAUGACCUGCGCACGAGCACAUGGACGGGGAGACACGUGGAGAUGCAACAGGGGACACAUGGCGGUGGGGCGGGGGGGACAUACUGGGAGACAUGUGAGGACAUGGCAGGACUCGUGUGGUCUCACGGGGAUACUGCCGAGCCUGUGCUCCACAGUACGGAGUGCAACAACCGGGAAAUGCUUUUAAGUUUUUAAUUUUACGAAUGAAGAUUGAUGUGUUAAUAUUGGUUAAGUUUCCAAGUAUGCACAAAUGCAUUAUUUAACGAAGAAAAUAUCACAGGUUAUGUAUAUUUACAAAGCUGGAAGCAAAACAUUAUUUUUGCAAUAAACUGUUUGGU